AAUUUAUUUUAACGCAAAAAAUAUUACUUAAUUCAAGGAAAGGUAAAAUAAAUAAAAAUCCUUAAUUUGAAACGCUACUAUAAAUGUUAAAAUGCAACAAUUCCAUAGAGAUGACAAAAGCAAGACCACAGUAUGGCAAACGAUGAUCAAAUGCUGCAAGAACUUUUGUCUUCAAACUAGUAUACAUGGCUUCUACCACAUCGCUGGACCUCGCAGGCAUUGGACGGAGCGAAUGAUCUGGGUUGGGAUAACAGCAGUGGCCCUGUGGGGAGCGAUCAGUGUGUCAACGGGGCAGUUCCAGAGAUACCGGGACAAUCCCACUGUGGUCGCUUUGGACAAGGAUUAUAAAUCGUGGAAGUUUAGCCUACCGGGGGUUACUGCGUGUGAUGAGGAUAGAGUAAGCAAAGAAAAACUUGAAAAGGCAAUACAAUCUCGUUGGAAUGUAAGCCCAGAUGAGGAAAAAUACGAAUACUAUGCCAAGUUUGUAGAUAUUGUGGCAAACUCUAACUUUUUCCAUCUAGAAGGAUAUGAGGAGUUUAAAAGUGAUCCUAAACUAAAUGUGGACCUUUUCAAAUUGGUUGUUGAGGUGAUGCCAGACCAGCACAUAGUGAUCUCAUCAUCAGAGCCCAUUUCACCAACAUGGACGCCGAUCAUGACAGAACACGGCGCUUGCUACGUCACGAACUCUAUCGCUGUUUAUGAUGCAGCUAUCGUGAAGCCGCACCCAAACACGACCAAAGACAUGCCAUUCACUUGCCAAUACUCGAUGGGGUUAUGUUUUAUCAUGUUUGUCUUAAAUAGUAACGCCCACUUCUUCGUUCACUCUCCAUACGACAUAGCUGACACUUCGAACCCUCCAUCCACAAUAAUACCCUUUUUGAAUCGCUUCACCUAUCUAACUGUUACGGAAACGCGAGCGGGACAGGGUGUGAGAGAGUUGUCUCCUCGACGUCGAGCCUGUCUGUAUACUGAUGAAAGCAGUGGGAACAUGACGGUAUAUAGCACGCACAUGUGUCGCCUGGGAUGCAGAAGUCGUCUCGCAGUGAAGCUAUGCGGUUGUCAGCCAUUUUACUAUUUUUAUGAAGGUGGUAAGCCGUGCACUCCUGCAGGCAUGUGGUGCCUCUCCAGAUAUUCAAGAGACUUGGCCAACUUCGCAGGCAUGAAAUGCAAAUGUAGCCCGCUGUGUUUGGACUCCUUGUUCCGUGAAAGUACCACUGAGAAUAGAGUAUGGGAAAAGAACCUGUUUCACGGCGCGGGGGCCAUUCGUCUCACGGUAUACUCGCCGCGCCUGCGCUAUACAAGGGAAAUCGUGUUCCAUUUUGAGGAUUUAGUCGUGUCAUUUGGCGGUGCAGCUGGUCUCUUCCUCGGCGCCAGCUUCAUCAGCUUUGUGGAGAUCAUUUACUUCCUCUUGGAGAGAUUCUGCUAUACAUUCGCUACUACGAAGUCAGAUACGAUUCAGGAGUAUAAUCAAAAAGCGAUCAUUCACUAUUACGAUAAGAAAACUCUUCAUGAAAAUCGACUUCAAGAAAUAGCUCUCACUUUUAAAGGUCGAAAACAUAUUAAAUAUUAAAAGGCAAGAGUGAUUAAUUGUUUUAAUAUCUAAAUAAUAAAAAUUUGUACUGCAGUAUUGAAUGCACUAAU